UUAUAGGAUUAUUGUUUAUCAAAAUUUUAGAAAUUUUCUCUCUAAUAAUUAAUCGGAAUUUUCGACAAACUUUCUGUAAUAUAUAAUAUAAUAUUAAUGUAAAAGUUCAUAUCUAAUGCUAAAAGUCGCUGAAAUUUGUGACUUCUUUUUAGCUUGCCUUCAAUUGGCGCCAACUAUAAAAAUCUCUAAGAGCAAUUGUUAAACAAUAAAAUAAGUUUUGUGAAAAACACUGUGCAAAGUGUACACAUAAACAAUGUUUAAUAUCAUUACUAAAGUGAUACAUUAUAAAGAAUUUUAAGUGAAUCUGUGUACAAACGUUAUUAUAAGUAAGAGUGACAUUAAUGCUAUAUAGAAAAUAGGUUAGAAAAAUAUCUCGCGUUCCGAUUUUGAGAACUUUUGCAUUUGCACGCUCUUAUGCAAGUUGCAAUGUUAAUCCCGGCAAUUAGAAAAAGUGUUCCGUGCAAUCUACGAAGAAUUAUUGCAUGUGUUGCUUAUAGAAACAAAACGAGAACAAAGAUCCCACGAUAUUAUAAUGAAUCAAAUCUACUGUCUACAUCGCUUCCGAAUUUUGCUUCCUGUAGAAUUUAUAGCACCGAAUCGGAGGUUUUCUUGCCUAUGCUUGUGGAUGGGGCUCCUACACAUAUACCGUCUCUUUUAACCCCAUUGAAGCUUCUCUAUUUAUCAGCUUUUAGAAUCACUCCACACAUAGAUGAAGAAUUUAAUGUUGAUGAGUUUCUUAAAGGAGCCAAAUAUGCAACAGUAGUAAUAUCUAAAGCUUUAACAAAUAAAGAUUAUGAAUCCUUACAAGGCCUCGUAACAGAAGAUAUGAUAGAGAUUUUAAAAGCAAAGAUCGAGACCCUUAGUCCUAAUCAAAGGCAAUUAAUUGCAGUAGAUGAGGGUGACAUGUUGUUUUAUAUUUUAUCUGAUAUUGCAGCUACAAUAGGUGAGGAGCAUUCCAUUAAAAUUACAAUAAUUUGUCAUUAUAUCCAAGGUCUUGCUGAGAAAAAAAAUAAAAUGAUGAGUGGAAUGGUAGAUUUUACCACAUCAACAAAACACUUAGUAUGUAAUUAUACAUUCACCCGUAAGUAUGUAAAUAAUAUUGGAGGUCCAUGGAUUGCAACUUUUGUAAAUCAUUACACUGUGUCAUAGAGAGAUUUGCAAAAUAUAUAGUUUGAGAUAAAAAUUUGUGCUAAUCUAUUUAGCUAAUUAUUGUUGGUAUUGGAAAAUUAUAAGUACUAGUCAUCUCUCUACAAUACUUUAUAUAUUUUUUAAUAAAAAAUCAAGGUAAUAUGUAAGAUUA